AUGGGGUCCGGCACCUGGCGCAAGGCCUACGGCGCCCUCAAGGACUCCACCAAGGUUGGCCUCGCCAACUUCAACAGCGAGUACAAGGACCUGGAUAUCGCCAUCGUGAAGGCGACGAACCACGUGGAGUGCCCGCCCAAGGAGAGGCACCUCAGGAGGAUACUCUUGGCGACCACCGUGAAUCGCCCGCGAGCGGAUGUCGCCUACACCAUUUGUACGUUGGCGAGGAGAUUGUCCAAGACCAAGAACUGGAUAGUUGCAUUGAAAACAUUGAUAGUGAUACAUAGAUUACUCAGAGAAGGUGAUGGGACAUUCAAAGAUGACUUCUUGAGCUAUUCGUAUAGAGGAACUAUUUUGCAGAUUCCACAUUUCAAGGAUGACUCGAGCCCACUAGCUUGGGAUUGCUCUGCUUGGGUCCGCCUGUAUGCGCAAUACCUAGAUGAACGUGUCGAGUGCUUUAGGGUCCUAAAGUACGAUGUCGAAGCCGAUCGUCUGCUGAAAUUACCCAAGGCUUCUGGCAAGGCACACAGUAGAACGAGAACACUUCCAUGCGCAGACCUUUUAGACCAGUUGCCUGCGCUGCAGAAACUACUGCUCAGGCUUAUUUCCUGCCAGCCCGAAGGUAUGUCCUGCACAAAUUACCUCGUGCAGUAUGCAUUAGCCCUUGUCUUGAAGGAGAGCUUCAAAAUAUACUGUUCGAUCAAUGACGGCAUCAUCAAUCUUGUUGAUAUGUAUUUUGACAUGGCCAAAAUCGAUGCUAUCAAGGCACUUGAAAUCUAUAAAAGAGCUGGCCAGCAGGCAGAAAGGCUUUCUGCUUUUUAUGACUACUGCAAACGUCUUGAGCUGGCUAGGACUUUCCAGUUUCCUACUUUGAGGCAGCCACCUUGUUCAUUCCUUGUAACUAUGGAAGAGUAUAUCAGAGAAGCACCCCGUGCCAGCAUCACGAGUAAGAGUGUGGAAACCGAGGAGCGGAGUUUACCUAGUGAUAACGAAGACGAAACUCCACAGGAACCCGAGAAACCAGUGGAAGAGGAAACAGAAGAGCCUGAGGAGCCUGAAGAAGAGCCACAGACUACUGCUGACCUCUCAGAAGAAGAUGAACCCCAGCCAUUGCCCACAACUGGAGAUCUAUUAAAUUUGGAUGAAGAAUUGCAUCCCAUGAUUGCAGACCUUGAGCAAAGCAACGCGCUUGCUCUUGCUAUUGUGGGACCAGGGAGUGGGAACAAUACCUCAAUUUCCCAAGACUUGUUCGCCAUUGACAAAUCUGGGUGGGAAUUGGCACUGGUCACUGCACCAAGUAACCACACAAGUCAACCAGCUGGCAACCAAUUGGCUGGAGGAUUCGACAAGCUGUUGCUAGACAGCCUAUAUGAAGACACAUCAAGGAGACAACAAAUAGCAAGUGCGACCUACAACGGCAGCUUCGCGACGAACCCGUUUGAUCCCAGCGACCCAUUCACCAUGUCCAGCAGCUUCGCACCACCAUCAAACGUGCAGCUAGCUAUGAUGUCUCAGCAACAACAGUACUACCAGGUGCAGCAGCAGGAGUACUACCAGAUGCAGCAGCAACACCAAAUGGUGAUGAUGCCACCACAGACAUACCAACAGCAGCAGGCCCAGUACGCUACCAAUGCCGGGCUAUCCAACCCGUUCGGCGAUCCAUUCAGUGGCCUCGUCGCGAUGGCGAACCCGCCGAAGCAAAGCAAUCCACAUUAG